AUACUUCCUAGCUGCUCACUUAAAAUACAAUUGAAACAUUAUUGCAGGGGUGAUUGCUUAAUAGCAUCAUAUUUCUUGAGAUUUCAUUACUAAUCUCAUCAAUUAUUUUUUUUUUACUUGUAACCAGAUUACACAUGUCGUGCUAUUUGCAAGUCUACUCAGAGCUGUCUACUGCAUAUUAUAGUCAAAAACCUGAUUUCUUAAUUGAAAAUUAAGAAUAUAAAAUUGGGAGUAACCACAAAAUUUUCAAGCCUAUUGUUCUUUUGCUCACCUACUUUCUUUUGGGAUAAACAGAAAUCUUUUCUCUAUUUUUUCUGUGCCUAUUGAAUUAUGUGUUAUUUUCACAUAUAGUAGCUGUAUUUAUCAUACAUGAAGUGUGAUUGAUGUAGAUCUUGCAAUGGCAUUGGAUGCCUAUAAAUCCCAUUUUUGCUUUCCUGCACUGUAUGAGAAACCCAAAAACUGAUCCUGCUAUGAGUUUUCUUGCAACUCAUUUUUUUCAGUGAAGGGAAUACUUUUUCUUGGUGCUUUUCCGCGAACUUAAAUAAUUGUGUCUACCCAAGUACUCAGCGUUGUUGCUUGGGAGAGUGCUGUUGAAUUUGAAGCUUUAUCAUGGAAAGCAGCGAACAUUUGGAUUUGUCAAAGAAGGAUUCUUCUGAAGUACUUCCACCACUCAUCAAAUAUAUAUCAGCAACUGAAGUGGCUGGCUUUGAUUGUGUUGAAGAGCUCAAAAUGAUGGGUAAUUCAUAUCAACAAACUCGUUGUCAUUCUUUCAGUCCUUCAGCAACUGGAACUGCAACAGCUGCUGUCCAAGGCCAGAGUGAUUGUACCCAGUCCCAGGAACUGCAUCAUGUUUCUAUCAGCAUGCCCGCUUCCCCCUUGAAAGUUCACUUACAGAGCACUAAACAAGUUCUCUUCAGAGAUGACGAUGGGCCAAUUUUCAACAACAAUAAUAUUUCAAAUUUGUCUGCUACAUCUACUGCUGGCUCUAAACAGGCAAAAUUUUAUUCUCAGCCAAUGCCAGCAGGUUUUGCAUUUGAUGAGGCAGUUGCAACUGGAAAAUUUCCGAACUGCCCAGAGCUUCUUCCACCAAAGAAUCCAAGGAUUGAUAGGCUGAAGGAUAAAAGGUUUGAUUCUUUCAAAACAUGGUCUGGCAAGCUUGAGAAGCAGCUUUCACAUUUACGUGGAAAGCCUCGUGAAACUGGGACAGAGGAAAACACUGUGUGGAAUGUGGAGAUGGAGACUUUACCUGUAGAUCGAUACUUUGAUGCUUUGGAAGGACCAGAAUUAGAUACCCUCAGGGCUUCAGAGGAAAUACUGCUUCCAGAAGACAAGCAAUGGCCGUUUCUUCUUCGCUAUCCUAUUUCUUCAUUUGGUAUUGGCCUCGGAGUUAGCAGCCAAGCCAUUAUGUGGAAAGCCUUGGCCACUACUUCUUGCACAAAAUUCCUUCGCAUAAGCCUAAAUGUAAACCUUAUCCUCUGGUACAUUUCAGUUGCUCUUGUAGCCAUUGUCUCUUUCAUCUACAUGCUCAAAUUGAUAUUCUACUUUGAAGCAGUUCGUCGUGAAUAUUAUCACCCCAUACGUGUCAACUUCUUUUUUGCCCCAUGGAUAGUCUUGUUGUUCUUAGCUCUCGGAGUUCCACCAUCAGUUACUCAAAACCUACCUUCCUCUCUCUGGUACAUUCUUAUGACACCAAUCAUUUGUCUAGAGCUUAAGAUUUAUGGACAGUGGAUGUCAGGAGGACAAAGGAGGCUUUCAAAGGUGGCCAAUCCUUCAAAUCAUCUUGCUAUUGUUGGGAACUUUGUGGGGGCGUUACUGGGCGCAUCGAUGGGGCUAAAAGAAGGACCAAUAUUCUUCUUUGCUAUUGGAUUGUCUCACUAUAUGGUCUUGUUUGUAACGCUCUACCAAAGACUUCCAACAAAUGAGACACUCCCGAAGGAGCUCCAUCCAGUUUUCUUUCUGUUUGUUGCAGCACCAAGUGUCGCUUCUAUGGCAUGGGCAAAUAUUCAAGGAUCCUUUGAUUAUGGGUCGCGGAUUGCAUACUUUAUUGCCUUGUUUCUUUAUUUCUCACUGGCUGUUCGUGUUAAUUUUUUUCGGGGGUUCAGGUUCUCAUUGGGUUGGUGGGCCUACACUUUCCCGAUGACUGGUGCUGCCAUUGCAACCAUCAAGUACUCUAAUGAGGUUCCAAACAUAGUAACAAAAUCUCUAUCUGUUAUACUUUGUUGCAUUGCCACACUCACCGUGACAUCAUUGCUUGUAACGACUAUCCUACAUGCCGUUGUGCUACGAGACCUUUUCCCAAAUGACAUUGCUAUUGCGAUUAGUGAGAGAAGGCCCAAAACAACCCGGAAAUGGUUCCACAGGAGAACUGGCAGCGCUGAGAAUGAUACUGAACAUUUCCUUAAAUUUGCAGAUACAGAUUGCAAGGAUAUUGAGUCUUAUCAGAAGCCUCCGAAUGAUGAUUAUGGCACAACAGAAGUCCACAGCAAUCAACGGAAGUCCUAAUAAUGCUAUUGUCAUUCUGAACUUUUACCACUCAAUCAAGGGAGGAACAUUCAGAUAUUUGGAGAGAAAGGAAAGAAAAAAUAAAUAAAUAAAAGACGAGAGGGGUGUAUGGUUUUGUCGUUCCGGUGAACUUGAUGUAUACAGAGAAAUGGAGGUUUAUGUCGUUAGUGGGAGAGGGUAAUUCAAGUGUAUGAACAUUUUGAGUUGUAAAUAAUGAUUUUAUAAUAUUGCACUUUUUCUGUCUUUUUCUUU